AUGUGCUACAAGGUCGUCGAGCGCUACUCCGUCUGCAAAUGCGUUUACUUCCAACACUCCAUUGACCCUUGUUCCGCCUACGGCCAACGCGGCCACUCCAUUCAAGAAAAGACCGUGCUGGUUGGCUACGCCUGUGCACGACACUCCUCCCACUCCUCCCCGACUUCACCAACGACUGGCCGCUGGCCUGAUUCUGGAUACUCUAGCUCGAAGGGAUCUGGCAGGUAG